AUGCCGCACGCAGCUCCUGUUCCCUCCGUAGGGGUUCAAGCCCUUAUUCUGUGUGGCCCUGGACUUAGCUUAAACACCUUUACUUCGAAAGAAGAAUCGGAAAAAUGCCUUAUUCCCGUGGCCAAUCGCCCAAUGGUAUUUUACCCUCUAGACUUCUGUCGUCGGUCUGGAAUUACCGAUGUCACACUCAUCACACCUUCUUCCUCCGUCCCCCGACUCCAAGCUGCUCUCCAACAGAACCCCCAUCUUACGGCUCUCCAGAAUCUUAAACCAUCAAUUGUCGCGGCAGGAGAUAUGACAAUGGGAACCGCAGAGAUCCUCCGAUUGCCUGAGGUACAAGCCGCUAUCAAGACUGAUUUCCUUGUUCUUCCAUGUGAUCUCCUCUGUGAGAUUCCUGGUGAGUCGUUGCUUGAGGCUUGGAUGGUCUAUGGUGCCGCUGCGGGCACAGGUACGCGCGGUGGACUUAGCGUAUACUACCAAACUCAAGGACGGGAGGAAUCUGUCAAGGGGGAAGCUACAGACUUUUUGGCCAUCGCGCCUCUUGGUCAGAAUGAGGCACCGGCAGUAUCACAUCCGUCCGAUGGACCCGCUGCUUUGAGGCUGGGAGGGCUCUCGAAGGUCGUCCUUUCGGCUCCCAUGGAUACCAUCAAAGAGAAUAUUGAGCAGGACAAGGGCCUCCUUAUUCGCCACUCUCUUGUUCAAAAGCAUCCCAAUACUAAAAUCUUGACGACCUUCCGUGAUAGCCACAUCUAUAUCUUCCCCAAAUGGGUCAAAGAUCUGGCACGCCGCCAAGAGAAGUUCCAAUCAAUCAGCGAGGAUUUGAUUGGCUACUGGGCGAAAUCGGAAUGGCAGCAGGGCCUUGGUGAAAAGCUCGGCCUAGAUGAGAUCUUCGAGCAAGAGGAGGGCAACCACACUGGUGAUACUCUUAGCCAUGAUGGUGGCGAGUCAGUGGAGGAAGAGAUUGACCUCCAGGCCAUGAGCACCACCAAGUCUGCGGCAAGCAUCAAUGUUGACAGCCCGAUUUCCUUUGCAUCCCGAGUGAAGGUACCUGAUUCUGCUGCAAAGUCAUCUGUCCAGGUGCCACCGAUACUAGCACAUGUGCAGCGUAGCGCUGCUCCAUUCGUCCGUCGUGUUGACAGCUCCGCUAUUCUCCUUUCUACAUCCCUCCGUCUCGCUAAGCUGGAGUCCAUCGAAGAAGUGGGCCGCCAGGCUGCCUCUCCAUUCGCGCAUAACCAGAAGAUUGCUCACCCUGAAGGUGUAGCUCAGCGCUGCACCGUCACAAAGUCCGACUGUCUCCUCGACCGGGGAGUUACUGUGGCCGAAAAGUCUGUGAUCAAAGAGAGUGUGCUCGGUCCUAAUGUGAAAAUUUCUUCGGGGGCGCGGUUACAACGGUGCCUGGUUCUCGAGGGAGCUGUUAUUGGUGAACGCUGCCAACUCACAAAUUGCAUCAUUGGUGCACACAGCCAGAUUGGCCGUGAAUCAGUACUCAAGGACUGUGAGGUUCAGGAUGGCAAUGUGGUCCCCGAAGAAACUGAUGCCAAGAACGAGAAGUUCAUGGUCUUUGAAGGAUUUGAUGAUGAUGACAUGGAUGAUGCAGGGGACUUUGACAAUGAUGAGGAUGAUGAAGGAUUCUAA